CCACAACUUUCCAUUACUCCCCAAAGCAUUAAAAAAAAAAAUCGCAUAGAAAUUCCCAAUUUGCCCCUCUUGCAGAAAUGUCGUCGCGCAAGGAAGUCGAAGUGGCGAUCUCGUCGGCGAAGGACAUCAAGAACGUGAACUGGCGUCACGGUCCGAACAAGCCAUACGCCGUCGUUUGGGUCGACCCGAGGUACAAGUGCUCGACGAGGGUCGACGAGGAAGGCGACACGAGUCCCCACUGGAACGAGACACUUGCCAUUCCUCUCCCGCCGGAGAAGCCUGUCGACGACGAUGACAACGUCCUCUGCAUCGAUAUCGUCCACGCCGGCCGGGAGGAAGACACUAAGCCCCUCAUCGGAUCUGCCCGUCUUAGCCUCCGCGACGUCCUCGAAGAAUCCGGCGUCGGGGUUCCGACCGUCAAAUCCCUAAAGCUCAAACGCCCCUCCGGUCGUCCCCACGGCAAGCUCGAAGUCACCGUCACCGUCCGUGAACCUCGAUACCCAUCUCCGGGAUCGUAUCAGGCGCCGUCGUACGGUUACGGUGCGCCCCACGCGCCUCCGGCUUACGGUGCGCCCUACGCGCCACCGCAGUACGCCGCUCCUCCGAGCGGGUAUCCGUACAACGCGGCUGCUCCAGCGCCAGCGCCAUCAUACGGACAGCAACCGGGUUAUGGGUACGCGGCGGAGACGGAGAGGAAGGGGAGCAGAUUUGGCGGGAUGGGGACGGGAUUGGCGGUGGGUGCGGUGGCCGGAGCUUUGGGAGGUAUUGCGUUGGUGGAGGGAGUGGAUGCGUUGGAGGAUCAUAUAGCGGAGGAGGCGGCGGAGAAGGUGGAGGAUGAUCUCGCCGCAGGAGAUGAUUUCGACGGCGGCGAUGACGACGACUACUAGGCCGGUGAUUUGUCGCGUGCGGUGCAUGUUGAAGGACUUCUGCUGUUUUUUUCAUCCAAUCAGGUCGCGCCACAUCAUCAUGUGGGCAAUAAUGAUGCGUUGUUUGUUUUUGUUUAGAUAAAAGUUAUUUAGUUAAAUGAAAAACAAUUUACUAUUGCUGCAUUACAAAAAAAACAAAAAAAAAAAAGAUAAAAAGGGGAAAAGAAUAGACAUGUAUGCUUGCGUUUGCCAACUAAAAUGUUACAUUUUCAUUGUAUCAGUAUCAUAUCCUUUUUACCUUUAUAUGAAAUGGAUAUUUUUCUUUCA